GUGUAUACUAUUUUGCAAAAAUGAAUGUAGGUAAAUAUCAAUUUGAAUGAUUCGAAAACAGAAGUACUUACUUGAACUUUAGGAAAACAUGAAGGGGUAUAAGUGAAAGUAUACUAAAAAAAGCCAACAGCCUUUUCCUUGCUGGUAAUCUUCUUCCUUCCAUUAUUAUCUAUCCGCGGUCCUCCAUUGAUGAUCUUCGUGAAGCUCAUGGUGUGACUGACACAGACAGGUCCUUCAACCCUCAUCCUUCUGCAACCCUCUUGUCUGGACGUAUUUUGUUGUCCUUACCCACGUCCUAUUCUUGUCAAUUUCUCCCUCAAUUCCAUCCCCCUUUUCCAAUAUUCCCCCGCCCCACCACCACCACCACCACCAUCACCAUCACCAUCUCCACCACUUCAAUCAUGCUUCAGUCUCUUCUCCUUCAACACCCUCUCACCACCACUAAUGUUAGCAGCCCUAAUUCCUCACCAGUCACAGUCAACGCCUCCACUAUGAACACAAACACCUCUAAACGAGCCAUCAACGAAGGAAACAACGACGUUGAUGAUGAUCCUUCGUCUCACCACCAUAAACGACGGAACCUCGAAGAUAAACCGGAGGAGCAUGAGGACCAGUCGAUCCUCGUUGAAGCGGAAUCAUCUGGUUUAAGACUUUUAGGGUUGUUGCUACAGUGCGCCGAGUGCGUAGCGGUUGAUAACCUAGACCACGCGAAUAAUCUUUUACCGGAAAUAUCGGAAUUGUCUUCUCCGUUUGGUUCUUCGCCGGAACGUGUAGCGGCGUACUUCGCCGAAGCGUUACAGGCGAGAAUUAUCAGUUCUUACCUCGGAACCUAUACGCCUCUCAGCAUCAAAAGAUUAGCCCUAGUUCAAAGCCAGAAGAUCUGCAACGCUCUUCAGUCCUACAAUUCGAUAAGUCCUUUCAUCAAAUUCUCCCAUUUCACAGCGAAUCAAGCGAUUUUCCAAGCGCUAGAAGGUGAAGAUGGCGUCCAUAUCAUCGAUCUCGACAUAAUGCAAGGUCUCCAAUGGCCUGGAUUGUUCCACAUCCUUGCCUCUCGACCUCGCAAAAUCAAAUCUCUUAGAAUCACAGGCGUCGGAUCUUCCAUUGAACUUCUCGAAGCCACCGGCCGCCGUCUCCAUGACUUUGCAAACUCUCUCGGCCUCCCCUUCGAAUUCACCCCUCUCGAAGGAAAAAUCGGAAACAUCAAUUCGGAUCUCACGACUCAACUAGGCGUCAGACCCGGUGAAACGAUGGUCGUCCACUGGAUGCACCACUGUCUCUACGACGUCACAGGCAGCGACUUCGGUACCUUACGACUAUUAGCCUUACUAAAACCUAAACUCAUCACAAUCGUCGAACAAGAUCUGAGCCACGGCGGCAGUUUUCUAGGGCGGUUCGUUGAAGCGUUGCAUUACUACUCCGCCUUGUUCGACGCUCUAGGCGACGGACUGGAGUCCGAAAACGUCGAACGGCACACGGUGGAGCAACAGCUGUUUGGAUGUGAAAUAAAAAACAUCGUCGCCGUCGGCGGGCCAAAGAGGACCGGCGAGGUGAAGGUGGAGAGAUGGGGGGAAGAAUUGGUUCGGGUCGGAUUUAAACCCGUUUCAUUAGCGGGUAACCCGGCAGCACAAGCGAGUUUAUUACUGGGAAUGUUUCCGUGGAAAGGGUACACGUUAGUAGAGGAGAACGGUUGUUUGAAAUUAGGUUGGAAAGAUUUGUCGUUGUUGACUGCCUCUGCAUGGCAGCCGUCCGAUUUUCAAUGAAGUCAACGAUGGAGUUGGAUCAACGGUGGAGAUUGAAACACUUUGAAAUAAUAAUAAAUUCCAAAAAUGUAAAAAGAUGCUUUAAUUUUUUUAUAUAUAUAUUAAUAAAAAAAUCGUUCUUUGAUUGUGGAUAAUAAUACAAAGCAAAUUUUGAGAUUA